AUGGAAAAUCCCUUACCAGAAACCAAAACUCUUUUAUUUUCCACUGAAGAUGAAGACACCCAUGAGGGACCAGCUUCUCAAAAGACAACAGCGGAAAAGCUAGCACCAAUUUUUUGCAGAAGACCAAAAUCACCAGAAAUAGAAGUUUUAAAAACAGCAUUCUCACCAUCAAAGCUGAAGGCUCGACAAGAAUUUUUGCAGUCAGGUGUCCCUGAACAGAUUAAAAAGCAGCAAUUACUAGAAAAAAGCCAGGAAGAACAACUUAUAUUAUCAGCACCCUUUCCUGAAUUCAGUCACAUACAACAACGAGAUGAUAGUGAUCCAAUUUGGAAUCUUCACUCCCCCAUGACAUUGUCUUUAAAGGAGGAGGCUGAAAAUGAUCUCCCAAAAUAUAGAUGCACUUCAAUUUACCAAGAGAAUAUAUUCAACAAAACAAAACCACUUGAAUCCAGUUCAUCAUUAACUGAAAGUACCUCACAUGAUGUGACUUCUGUUGUUGUUAUUCUGAAUGCCUUAAAAAAAAAUAAUCCAAGAUUCCCUGUUUUCUCCACUUUUAAAUUAUACCUUGAUCAGAAGAAAGAAGCUGUGGAGUCAUAUAAAAGAGAAUUGGGUAGAGAUGAUAAGAUAUCUCUUAUUGAUUUAGAGGAGGAAGAAACAAAAUCAGACAAGAGAAAGAGGAGAAGCAAAGAUGGACUUUCAAGGAGGGGUAGAAAGAAAAAAGGUAGUGGUAAAACAACUAGAAGGUCAGAGGAGAUGCAAGAGAUUGAGGAAAUGCCACCACUCCCAGUUUGGCAGGAAAGAAUACCUAAUGUUUGGACUCAAGUUUAUGCUCCAAAGAAGGGUAGCCAUGUAAUUGGGAACAAAUGUCAUGUAAAAAAGUUGAGGAGAUGGCUAAAGGACUGGAAAAGUAAAUCAGAAGCUUUUGCUGCUAAAGAAAGAAAUAAGAAUGCAAGGUUAUCGAAGAAAGGUGAUGAUGAUUUUACAUUGUCAGAGGAAUCAAGUUCUGACGAGGAAGACUUUGUCAGCACUUACUUGCUCUGUGGACCACCUGGUGUUGGGAAGACUGCAGUUGUUUAUGCUCUUGCUGCUGAAUUAGGCUACAAUGUGUUGGAGGUAAAUGCAUCUUCAAAGCGACCGGGAAAACAUGUUAUGAGUCAGUUAGCAGAAGCAACUCAGUCACACUCUGUUUCCAAUUCAUCAAAUCAGCCUACUAAUGCAUUAGCAGCUAUGUUUGCAGCAAAGAGUGGUACACAGUCAAAGAAGGUAAAAAACAAAGCUUUUGCAAGUAAGGAAAAAGUAUCACAUGGAUGUAACAGAGAUGUGGAGAAAAAGAAAGGAUUAUCAGUGGUCUUAUUUGAGGAUAUAGAUAUUGUCUUUGAAGAGUCAGAUGAAGGUUUUCUCUCCACUGUGAAUAACUUUAUGAUAACUACAAAAAGACCGAUUAUCCUUACUUUAAGUUACCCAUCUCACAGUGCACUGAGUAAAAUUAAAAGCAGUUAUGAGAGGCUCGACUUUGAACCCCCGCCAGAAGACCUUAUAGGUUUCCAGCUGGCACUAGAUGAUUUAUCCCAUUGUUAA